CCAUCACCGCCACAGCUGUCUCCGCUCGCCAUUCGCCAACGCUGACUAAGCUCAAGCAGUCAAGCGCCCUAGUCUGCCCUAGCCGUCACCGUCUGAGAACGUCCGUCUUUUCACGUUUCCGACGAGUCCGACCGUUUCACUCUUUAGUCGUUUCGGUUUUCAGUGUUUUACUGUUGUUACUUGUUCAGUUGUUCGUUAGUUUCAACUCUCACUCUUUUCGCGUUACCCCUGUCCACCGUUGUUGCCGUUUGCUACUUUCCAUUUUAUUAAUAAUAUAAUAUUAUUAUACACACGUUUGUCCCACAGGUUGACUGAACAAAAAUCGUAUAUACACACGACGAUACAAUGGCUGUCAAAGGAUUAAUGCUGUUGGUGGUGGCUUUUGCGUUCUGCAACUGCGUGGUUAAAGGAUCAAACGAUUGUACUUUGCCAUGGUUAGUAGAUAACAAUCCAUUCAUCUCUAAGGUUGAAUCUUUCUCUAUAAACAGAUGUCCUACGCCUAUUAUUGGGGAUCCAACUAAAGAAUAUUGCUGUUAUAAUACUGACGGAAAGGUUGAAUGUUGCAAUUUUCAAGAAUUUAUGCUCUUUGGAUUGAUUUGCCUUAUUCCGAUUCUUAUUGUUUUGCUGAUUCUUUCAUCCAUUCUCAGUUGCAUCUGUUGUUUAUUGUGCCCAUGUUGCGCUAUUUACAAACGUAGGCAAUCUGGCAGGGUACUUGUUCAACCGCUUUCAACCAAUUGUGUCAUUAUAGAGGGUAUGCCAUCUAUAAUAUACAGUGAUGGAUCCUAUUAUGCUUCAGCUUCAACAGGUUCUACACCUUUAAUACCUAAUGAGUACCCUAAACAAUACUAAUAGUUAAAAUAUUUAACUAAUACAUUUAAUUCAUCAAUAUUAGGUAUUACUUUAUAAUGUUAAGUAUCUAUGAUAAAUUAUUUAAAAUAUGUUAAAUAAUUUAGAAGUAAGUGGAUUUAAUAAUGAAUAAUACAUGUUGACAUUAAAUAAUAAUACACUUCUUAAUUGUAAAAUUUAAAAUGAAUUGUUCAUGAUUUUAAAUUCAAUAUUAUGUUAAGUAUUAUUAUAUAUAUAUAAAUUUAUUUUUUUGCCAAUAUGGACUACUUUAUUACUAAAUUUAAUUUUUUAAUCAACAUACUAUUUUUACACAUGCAAAUAUAAUAUUGUAUUCAUUUAAAAUAUUAAGCUGCUAUCAGUGAUGUAUAUUCCUUUUUAUAUAUUUUAAAAAUUUAUAUUAAACACAUGCAAUGUUAAUCGCAAAUCUAUGUUUUUAUUUACAUUAUUUUAUUCUUUUAAUUUUGUAUUAAUUAAAUAAUUUAAUAUUAAGAAUUUGUUCACUUAAAACUUUUUUAUACGGUUGCAUAUAAAGCCGGUGCCAAAUGCAUUUAAAAUAAUAGUCUGGAUGUCAAUUAAUUUAUUUUGCUACAUUAGUUUUUAACAUCAUUGUUUUUUUAUUAUACUUUUUAAUUGGUUGAAUAUGUAAAACUUUUUAUGCUGUUUUAUGGAGAAUAAUAAAUAUUAUUGUGCCUGAUUA